ACAUAUGUUAUCAUUGCAUAGUGUUCGUGUUUUAGGUACCAAACAUUUUAUUCUGUAUACCAAUACUUUUUCAAUUCUCUGCUUUUUUUUCUUUACCCUAUUUCUUCAUUCUUGAUUCUGUUUCCAAGGGUUUUUUUCUUUUCUACUGUGUUUUAAAUCCACUUAGAUUUCUUGGUGGCUUGUUUUACCGAUAAACAUCUCAUUGCAUCUUCUUCUUCCUAAUCAGCUCUCCCUCUCUCCCUCAAUUAGAUGGUAUCAUCUUAAUUUGAUUUUUGUCUCUCAAAGAAGUUUACAGAUCUAGGAAGAAAUUAAGGAUCAUCUUUCUUGAAAAGGCGUAGGAAAUUUUGUGUGUGUGAUUUUUGUUCUUCCUUCAACAAGAAAAAGGUUAGGGUUUGAAUUUUGUUUGCAUACACAAAUUCAAUCAACAGAGUUUAAAGAAAGCAAAGAUCAAUCAUCAGCUUUAGAUCCUUCAUUUCUUUCAGCUGAACCAAUGAAAUCUGCAAGUAUGGCUAAUAGUAAUCGGUGGUGGACCGGUGGCUUGCCAGUCGUUGAACCGGCUAUGAUGAACAAACACGAAAGUCAAUUUCCGAUCAAUGAAAACAGUGGUGGAAGCAAUGAAUCUGAUGAUAAAGAUGCUGUAGAUGAGCCUAAAGAGGGUGCUGUUGAGGUUGGCACACGUAGACAGCGAGGCCGACCGCCGGGAUCCAAGAACAAGCCAAAACCACCAAUUUUCGUAACCAAGGACAGCCCUAACGCCUUGCGUAGCCACGUCAUGGAGGUGGCUGGUGGCGCAGAUGUGGCUGAGAGCAUAGCCCAAUUCGCCAGGAGGCGUCAAAGAGGGGUAUGUGUAUUGAGUGGUGGUGGAUCAGUGACUAGUGUCACUAUAAGACAGCCUGCUGCACCUGGCUCCGCUGUGGCACUACAUGGAAGGUUUGAAAUUCUGUCAUUAACCGGAGCUUUCCUCCCAGGCCCCGCUCCUCCCGGCGCGACCGGCCUGACGGUGUACCUAGCCGGUGGUCCUGGGCAGGUGGUGGGAGGAAGUGUAGUAGGACCCCUAGUUGCAGCAGGGCCAGUAAUGGUUGUCGCUGCCACUUUUUCUAAUGCAACGUAUGAAAGAUUGCCACUUGAAGAUGAAGAAGAUGGAGGCGUCUCCACCCCGCCGGCUCCCGUGGCCAGAGAAACAGAAAAUUCUCCGCCAGGAAUCGGAACAAGCGGCGGACCACAACAACAUGGGAUUCCUGAUCCUUCAGUACUUCCAAUUUACAAUUUUACGUCGAAUUUACUAGCAAAUGGUGGACAGUUGAAUCAUGAAGCAUAUGCUUGGGCACACCCUCGACCUCCUUAUUGACAGGAACAGAAAAUAAGUAGGUAAUUGCAAUAAUAAUAAAUUAUGUGUUUGUGUGUUGUGUUACAUGGAAAUUUAGGUACAAAUUAGGGAUUUUGGGAUGUUGAUUCGGCUUUAUGAUUACAGACCUAAAAUCUUUAUCUCAUACUGAAUGUCUUCUAAAAAAAGUGUUGGGAUGUUUUAGCUAUAUAGAGCAUUGUUCUCUACAUAUGUAAAGUAUUGAAACUUAAUUUUCCAACUUGUUUGGAAUAAAAAUAUGUUUUCUGCAAUAA